AUGGGAUGUACACUCAGCGCCGAGGAGCGCGCUGCUCUGGACAGGAGCAAAGCCAUCGAGAAAAACCUGAAGGAUGAUGGAGUCACUGCCGCAAAGGAGGUGAAACUGCUACUGCUUGGUAAGACACCGUUUAUAACGGGGCUUCCCGUUCUGCACGGUUCGGUUGAUGUUGAUGUAGAUUGCAUAGAGCCGGGCCGGGGCGGCAGGCGCUCUCCGUGGUCCUGAUGUCAUGUCACCCUAAAGACAACCGACUCUCACUCUGCUCUCUAUUCCCUUUAGGGGGAGGAGAAUCGGGCAAAAGCACCAUCGUCAAACAGAUGAAGUAAGUGCUUUUUUUUCUGAUAUAGGCGUCUUUGACGAGGCCUGAGAUUGCGCCUCCCCUGCCCAUAGUGAGGCUGAGCUGCUAGCUCCGCCAUGUUUCCUCAGAGGCCGUACCUCUGCUGGUGAUUCGAACACCUCUUGUAGACGGUAAUCGGAGGCGGUGCUCACGGUCAGUUGCAGGCCACCGGGGUGCUGUCCACUGAUAUGGUGCUGAAAUUUACCCAGAGGUUUUUCAUGUGUCUAUCGAAAAAGAGGGAGGGCGAAUACAUGGGUGUUUGUGACUGUGUGUGUGUGUCUGUGUUUGUGUGCAGCCUGUAUGUGUGUAUUAGUGAUGUCACUACAGCACCAUUAGCAAAUAUCUCUGGUUUAAUCUUAAUGGCUUUAAGUGCCUGAUAUCGCCCAGUGUACUUUGCCUAUAAAGCGGAUUUACUCAGAAAAUAUGGCAUCUAAAACCUCAUCUAAACCUUUCCCUUUCUCAUCUAAACCACUCUCUUAUCUAAAUCACUGUUCUUUUUCUAAACCCUGUUGCUAGAUUUCUUCUUUAAAGAAGAACUCUGUAUCCAGGGCCCAACCAGAAAAGCAUAUUAUAUAAUAUUUUCAUGCACAUAAUAAAACAUGGCUGUUGCUAUGCAGACAUCCUCUCAAAAAUCCACAAUAUCAAUUUUUUUGGGUUCUGUGCACUCACUGUACCUCAGCACACACUCAUCUGCCCCACACACACCCUGCUUUUUCCAUCACACACACUGCUCCCUCCACUCCACUCUGUUUCCAUCCAUUCUAGCACUCUCUCCAUAUUUAAUUAUCCUGGGGGUUCUCCCUAGCGGUACAGACAGUUACCCAAAGGCAUCUCUCAGGAGCCGCUUCUGUUGUGAACUACAUAUGUUACAUUGGUUAUAUUAUAUAAUGCCAGGAUCGGGACAGGGAAAACUGAUCCUGGAGCUGAGCUAGUAUUUUUCCUUGUGUGUGUACACAUGUGUGUGCAUUUGUGUAGUUUUGUAUGUAUAUUGAUAAUGGUGUGUGUGUGUGGAUGUGCUUACAUCCGUACGUUUAUUUGCUCAAAUUUUAUUGACACGAUAAACCCCUUGAGAUACCCCAUCAUGUUUUACAAAGGAGUCUUGUUUUCCAAAGGAGUGUAAUAAUAAUAAUAAUAAUAAUAAUAAUAAUAAAUAUACACUACAUGGCCAAAAGUACGUGGACACCUGCUUGUAGAACAUCUCAUUCCAAAAUCAUGGGCAUUAAUAUGGAGUUGGUCCACCCUUUGCUGCUAUAACAGCCUCCACUCUUCUGGGAAGGCUUUCCACUAGAUGUUGGAACAUUGCUGUGGGGACUUGCUUCCAUUCAGCCACAAGAGCAUUAGUGAGGUCAGGCACUGAUGUUGGGCGAUUAGGCCUGGCUCGCAGUCGGCGUUCCAAUUCAUCCCAAAGGUGUUCGAUGGGGUUGAAGUCAGGGCUCUGUGAAGGCCAGUCAUGUUCUUCCACACCGAUCUUGACAAACCAUUUCUGUAUGGACCUAGCUUUGUGUACAGGGGCAUUGCCAUGUUGAAACAGGAAAGGGCCUUCCCCAAACUGUUGCCACAAAGUUGGAUGGACAGAUUCGUCUAGAAUGUCAUUGUAUGCUGUAGUGUUAAGAUUUCCCUUCACUGGAAGUAAGGGGCCUAGCCCGAACCAUGAAAAACAGCCCCAAACCAUUAUUCAUCCUCCACCAAACUUUACAGUUGGCACUAUGCAUUGGGUUAGGUAGCGUUCUCCUGGAAUUCGCCAAACCCAGAUUCAUUCAGACUGCCAGAUGGUGAAGCGUGAUUCGUCUCUCCAGAGAAUGCGUUUCCACUGCUCCAGAGUCCAAUAGCAGUGAGCUUUACACCACUCCAGCCGAUGCUUGGCAUUGCGUAUGGUGAUCUUAGGCUUGUGGGCGGCUGCUCGGCCAUGGAAACCCAUUUCAUUAAGCUCCUGACGAACAGUUAUUGUGCUGACGUUGCUUCCAGAGGCAGUUUGGAACUCAUUAGUGAGUGUUGCAACCAAGGACAGACGAUUUUUACGCAUUACGUGCUUCAGCAUUUGGCGGUCCCAUUCUGUGAGCUUGUGGGGCCUACCACUUCGCGGCUGAGCUGUUGCUGCUCCUAGACGUUUCCACUUCACAAUAACGCCACUUACAAUAACAGCACUUACAGUUGACCAGGACAGCUUUAGCAGGGCAGAGGAAAUUUGAGCUCUUCAGUACGGGCCAUUCUACUGCCAAUGUUUGUCUAUGGAGAUUGCAUGGCUGUGUGCUCGAUUUUAUACACCUGUCAGCAACGGGUGUGGCUGAAAUAGCAGAAUCCACUAAUUUGAAGGGGUGUCCACAUACUUGUAGUGUAGCUGUGAGCAGCAAUGAACGGGGUUCUCAGGAUGACAGGAAGGACACAAGAUCAAAGUGGAUUUACAGUGGUUUAAAUAUACACAUAAAAACUGAUUUUCAUUUGUCAAUAACUCAGCCAUCUUUUGACCUUUUCUCAAAGUACCAUGGGCCUACAUUCCGAAUUUGGUGUCAUUUGGUCCUAUGGUUCAUGAGUAGAAGAUGUUUUAAGUAUUUUUAGCAUAUUUUAGCAUAUUAGCGUUUGAGCUAAUAUGCAUCUACUGGUAUAGUGUGGCCAUCUUUUGAAUGCAUCAAUGUUAUUUUCUCAAACUCGUUAGGGACUAUUGUGAUGAGUCCAAAGACCACAUUUGGAGUGAAUCUGAUGUUUAGUCCAUGAGAAGAAGAUUUUUUAUGAUUAUUUUAAGCAUUAGCGUUACAUAGUAAAAAAAAAUGUGAAUUGUUAAUAGUUUCCUUAUUUUUUUUAAGACAUCAAUGCCAAACAUAACAUGGUUCAUCAUGGUAAUGUAUUUGAUGACCACAAAAAGUUUCAAGCUGAUAGGCCAUUGUGAAGUGGAUGUAUCAAUAACUCAGCCGUCUCUUAACCAAUCCCUUAGCUUUUCUCAAACUAAGUUGUUAUUUGGACUUAUGGUUCAUGAGAAUAUCUUUUUUAAAGGUUUUCCCAAAUUUCCAAGAUGGAGGAAAAUCUAUCCCGACGGACCUAAUGGGUCCUUGCGGCAAAUUUGUUCAGCUUGCGGAAAGACACCUACAUGCAAAGUUUCACGUCACUAGGUCAAAUGGGGCGGAUAUGAGGGUUUAAGUGAGACUGCUUAUAACAGCACCACCUAUAGGCCAAUCGGUGCCUUCUUUUGACCAAGUUAAUCAUGGCGUCUAGUUUCUCUGUGCCAAAUUAGAAAACGUAUGUGUGUGUGUGUGUGUGUGUGUGUGUGUGUUUGUAUGUAGCAAGGUACAGUGGGGAAAAAAGUAUUUAGUCAGCCACCAAUUGUGCAAGUUCUCCCACUUAAAAAGAUGAGAGAGGCCUGUAAUUUUCAUCAUAGGUACACGUCAACUAUGACAGACAAAAUGAGAAUUUUUUUUCCAGAAAAUCACAUUGUAGGAUUUUUAAUGAAUUUAUUUGCAAAUUUGGUGGGAAAUAAGUAUUUGGUCAAUAACAAAAGUUUCUCAAUACUUUGUUAUAUACCCUUUGUUGGCAAUGACACAGGUCAAACGUUUUCUGUAAGUCUUCACAAGGUUUUCACACACUGUUGCUGGUAUUUUGGCCCAUUCCUCCAUGCAGAUCUCCUCUAGAGCAGUGAUGUUUUGGGGCUGUCGCUGGGCAACACGGACUUUCAACUCCCUCCAAAGAUUUUCUAUGGGGUUGAGAUCUGGAGACUGGCUAGGCCACUCCAGGACCUUGAAAUGCUUCUUACGAAGCCACUCCUUCGUUGCCCGGGCGGUGUGUUUGGGAUCAUUGUCAUGCUGAAAGACCCAGCCACGUUUGAUCUUCAAUGCCCUUGCUGAUGGAAGGAGGUUUUCACUCAAAAUCUCACGAUACAUGGCCCCAUUCAUUCUUUCCUUUACACGGAUCAGUCGUCCUGGUCCCUUUGCAGAAAAACAGCCCCAAAGCAUGAUGUUUCCACCCCCAUGCUUCACAGUAGGUAUGGUGUUCUAUGGAUGCAACUCAGCAUUCUUUGUCCUCCAAACACGACGAGUUGAGUUUUUACCAAAAAGUUCUAUUUUGGUUUCAUCUGACCAUAUGACAUUCUCCCAAUCCUCUUCUGGAUCAUCCAAAUGCACUCUAGCAAACUUCAGACGGGCCUGGACAUGUACUGGCUUAAGCAGGGGGACACGUCUAGCACUGCAGGAUUUGAGUCCCUGGCGGCGUAGUGUGUUACUGAUGGUAGGCUUUGUUACUUUGGUCCCAGCUCUCUGCAGGUCAUUCACUAGGUCCCCCCGUGUGGUUCUGGGAUUUUUGCUCACCGUUCUUGUGAUCAUUUUGACCCCACGGGGUGAGAUCUUGCGUGGAGCCCCAGAUCGAGGGAGAUUAUCAGUGGUCUUGUAUGUCUUCCAUUUCCUAAUAAUUGCUCCCACAGUUGAUUUCUUCAAACCAAGCGCUGCUUACCUAUUGCAGAUUCAGUCUUCCCAGCCUGGUGCAGGUCUACAAUUUUGUUUCUGGUGUCCUUUGACAGCUCUUUGGUCUUGGCCAUAGUGGAGUUUGGAGUGUGACUGUUUGAGGUUGUGGACAGGUGUCUUUUAUACUGAUAACAAGUUCAAACAGGUGCCAUUAAUACAGGUAACGAGUGGAGGACAGAGGAGCCUCUUAAAGAAGAAGUUACAGGUCUGUGAGAGCCAGAAAUCUUGCUUGUUUGUAGGUGACCAAAUACUUAUUUUCCACCAUAAUUUGCAAAUAAAUUCAUUACAAAUCCUACAAUGUGAUUUUCUGGAUUAUUUUUCUCUCAAUUUGUCUGUCAUAGUUGACGUGUACCUAUGAUGAAAAUUACAGGCCUCUCUCAUCUUUUUAAGUGGGAGAACUUGCACAAUUGGUGGCUGACUAAAUACUUUUUUCCCCCACUGUAUAUUGAUAAUGGUAUACAGCAAUCUGUAUUAUUAAAAAGCAAGGCCCUCCUCUGAAUGUUUUAAUAGAACUUGAUUAUAGUGUAACUACGUACAACUAGCAAAGUAGUACACAAGAACACAUUUAAAAGUGUGAACACCUUAGAUUGCUGAAUUGUGAAAAAAGGGAAGAAAAUUUUAAAAUUUGGGGGAUCAAUUUUUAAGUACCUGGCCUACUUCGAUUUGGUGUCAUUUGUCCUAGGGUUCAUGAGUAGAAGAUUUUUAAGUAUUUUUAGCAUAUUUUAAGCAUAUUAGCGUUGAGCUAAUAUGCAUCUACUGGUAUAGGUGGCCAUCUUUUGAAUGCAUCAAUUUAUUUUCUCAACUCGUAGGGACUAUUGUGAUGGUCCAAGACCACAUUUGGAGUGAAUCUGAUGUUUAGUCCAUGAGAAGAAGAUUUUUAUGAUUAUUUAAGCAUUAGCGUUACAUAGUAAAAAAAAAUGUGAAUUGUUAAUAGUUUCCUUAUUUUUUUUAAGACAUCAAUGCCAAACAUAACAUGGUUCAUCAUGGUAAUGUAUUUGAUGACCACAAAAAGUUUCAAGCUGAUAGGCCAUUGUGAAGUGGAUGUAUCAAUAACUCAGCCGUCUCUUAACCAAUCCCUUAGCUUUUCUCCAAACUAAGUUGUUAUUUGGACUUAUGGUUCAUGAGAAUAUCUUUUUUAAAGGUUUUCCCAAAUUUCCAAGAUGGAGGAAAAUCUAUCCCGACGGACCUAAUGGGUCCUUGCGGCAAAUUUGUUCAGCUUGCGGAAAGACACCUACAUGCAAAGUUUCACGUCACUAGGUCAAAUGGGGCGGAUAUGAGGGUUUAAGUGAGACUGCUUAUAACAGCACCACCUAUAGGCCAAUCGGUGCCUUCUUUUGACCAAGUUAAUCAUGGCGUCUAGUUUCUCUGUGCCAAAUUAGAAAACGUAUGUGUGUGUGUGUGUGUGUGUGUGUGUGUUUGUAUGUAGCAAGAAUCAUGUAAGCUGCAAGUUCUCUAUGGGGUUGAGCAACUCUGGAGAAAAUACUGGAGUAUUUGUCAAUAACAAAGUUCCACUUGGUUAUACCUUUGGGCAAUGACACAGGUCAAACGUUUGUAAGUCUUCACAAGGUUUCACACACUGUUGCUGGUAUUGUUGGCCCUUCCUCCAUGCCGAUCUCCUCUAGAGCAGUGAUGUUUUUGGGGCUGUCGCUGGGCAACACGGACUUUCAACUCCCUCCAAAGAUUUUCUAUGGGGUUGAGAUCUGGAGACUGGCUAGGCCACUCCAGGACCUUGAAAUGCUUCUUACGAAGCCACUCCUUCGUUGCCCGGUGCGGUGUGGUUUGGGAUCAUUGUCAUGCUGAAAGACCCAGCCACGUUUGAUCUUCAAUGCCCUUGCUGAUGGAAGGAGGUUUUCACUCAAAAUCUCACGAUACAUGGCCCCAUUCAUUCUUUCCUUUACACGGAUCAGUCGUCCUGGUCCCUUUGCAGAAAAACAGCCCCAAAGCAUGAUGUUUCCACCCCCAUGCUUCACAGUAGGUAUGGUGUUCUAUGGAUGCAACUCAGCAUUCUUUGUCCUCCAAACACGACGAGUUGAGUUUUUACCAAAAAGUUCUAUUUUGGUUUCAUCUGACCAUAUGACAUUCUCCCAAUCCUCUUCUGGAUCAUCCAAAUGCACUCUAGCAAACUUCAGACGGGCCUGGACAUGUACUGGCUUAAGCAGGGGGACACGUCUAGCACUGCAGGAUUUGAGUCCCUGGCGGCGUAGUGUGUUACUGAUGGUAGGCUUUGUUACUUUGGUCCCAGCUCUCUGCAGGUCAUUCACUAGGUCCCCCCGUGUGGUUCUGGGAUUUUUGCUCACCGUUCUUGUGAUCAUUUUGACCCCACGGGGUGAGAUCUUGCGUGGAGCCCCAGAUCGAGGGAGAUUAUCAGUGGUCUUGUAUGUCUUCCAUUUCCUAAUAAUUGCUCCCACAGUUGAUUUCUUCAAACCAAGCGCUGCUUACCUAUUGCAGAUUCAGUCUUCCCAGCCUGGUGCAGGUCUACAAUUUUGUUUCUGGUGUCCUUUGACAGCUCUUUGGUCUUGGCCAUAGUGGAGUUUGGAGUGUGACUGUUUGAGGUUGUGGACAGGUGUCUUUUAUACUGAUAACAAGUUCAAACAGGUGCCAUUAAUACAGGUAACGAGUGGAGGACAGAGGAGCCUCUUAAAGAAGAAGUUACAGGUCUGUGAGAGCCAGAAAUCUUGCUUGUUUGUAGGUGACCAAAUACUUAUUUUCCACCAUAAUUUGCAAAUAAAUUCAUUACAAAUCCUACAAUGUGAUUUUCUGGAUUAUUUUUCUCUCAAUUUGUCUGUCAUAGUUGACGUGUACCUAUGAUGAAAAUUACAGGCCUCUCUCAUCUUUUUAAGUGGGAGAACUUGCACAAUUGGUGGCUGACUAAAUACUUUUUUCCCCCACUGUAUAUUGAUAAUGGUAUACAGCAAUCUGUAUUAUUAAAAAGCAAGGCCCUCCUCUGAAUGUUUUAAUAGAACUUGAUUAUAGUGUACUAGUACAGACUAGCAAAGUGGUACACACACAUUUAAGAAAGGCACAUACUGAGGAAGGAUAUACAGCUUGAACAUCUGUGAAAAUAUAAGAAAAGGUAAUUGAACAUUUUACAAGAAUUUGUUACAUAAUGUGUGAACCACCUUACUUUGCUACGUAAUGUGUGAACCACCUUACUUUGUAAGAAUAAGAUCUUCAUACAUAUGGGUUAUGCACCUUUUUAAGUCGAUGGUAUAUUUCUGAAGUGUAUUCCAGACUAGGCUGCAGAGUUGAGUACAGGCUCAAGUUGUGUGUUCUCAGCGAUGAUGUGGUUGUUACUGGUGUAAUGGAUUUAUAAUCCGAUCCUCAAUAUCAGAGCAUUUCACGUCAAUGUUGUUAAGAGUGGUUUAAAUGUACAGACCACCUUUGACAUUACAAAUGUCAAACCUAGAGUGGCUAUAUUGGCUGCUGCUGAUGCUGCUGCUUAUGUGUGAGUGUUUGUGUGUGAAAGGGAGAAGAAAAGAGAAGAGGAGUGGUACCCAGUGAUGCGCUGCGUGUAUUUGGGUGUGUGCUAAGGAGCAGGCGCUGCUUGACACUCAGAGCUCAGAGACAUCCCUGUUCUUGGUCACAUGCACACGCGUACUCUAGAGACACCAGCACACAGGCACAUACACUAAAGCGUCUGCUGCAAUGUGGGUUCACUGAAUUGUGAAUGUUUGUGUGUGUGCACUCAUGCAUGCACACUUAGCCUACGUACAGUACGUGUGUGUUAUUUUGUAUGUGUACUGAUGUGUGUGUGUGUGUGUGCAGGAUUAUCCAUGAGGAUGGUUUUUCUGGGGAUGAUGUGAAGCAGUAUAAGCCUGUGGUCUACAGCAACACCAUCCAGAGCUUGGCUGCCGUCCUCCGAGCUAUGGACUCUCUGGGCAUCGAGUAUGCUGACAAGGACAGAAAGGUGGGUACAUGCUCCCUGCACAGGGUAGGGUUCAUCCAUAGUGUACAACCAAUGGCAAUUUCAAAACCUUACUUCAAAGUGUACUGUAAAGCAGACCUCAAUGAGGAUUCCAGUGAAGUAUGGUGGUACACAUCCAGGAAUUCAGCUAUACAGUCUUCAGCUCAUAUGUGUCUUAAUAAAUCUAUGCAUGUUUUUUUGUUUGUGUAUGUGUGCUUGUGUACGUGUGUGCUCAUGGGUUUGUUUGUGUGUGUGUGUGUGUGUGUGUGUUCAUGUGUGGUGAUGCAUGGUCAUAUCUUUUGUACAUAAUAUCCAAUGUAUGUGUGUGUCCAGGCGGAUGCUAAGCUGGUGUGUGAUGUGGUCACUCGUAUGGAGGACACAGAGCCCUACUCUGCAGAGCUGCUGACAGCUAUGAAGCGUCUGUGGGCCGAUGCCGGGACCCAGGAGUGUUUCAACAGGGCCAGGGAGUACCAGCUCAAUGACUCCGCUGCCUAGUGAGUACACACUAAGGGACCAAACAUAUCGGAAUGCAUGAAACUUGAAAUUAAGCAUAAUUCAUGCACUGACGUCAAUGGGAGAUUUGUGAGAAAGUUCCAGUUUCAUAACACACUCACAUAAACAGAAAAUUGGAAUUUGACUCCAUUAGCUGUCUGUUCUUGAACAGUAACACAGUGCAAAGGUUAGUCUUUGCAGUGACUGCGUUGGUUAGUCUUUACAGUGCAAAGGUUAGUCUUCGCCCUGUAUUUUUGUAGCUACACUCUUAGAAAAAAGAGAUCCAAAAGGGAUCUUUGGCUGUCCCCAUAAGAGAACCCUCUUUGGUUCUAGGUACAACCCUUUUUGGUUCCCUCUGUGGAAAGGGUUCUACAAGGAACCCAAAAGGGUUCUACUUGGAACCAAAAGGGUUUUUACCUAGAACCAAAAAGGGUUAUUUAAAGGGUUCUCCUAUGAGGACAGCCGAAGAACCCUUUUAGGUUCUAGAUGGCACCUUUUUUUCUAAGAGUGUAUUACUGAAGCUCUAUUUCUUCCUUUCUCUAUCCCUUCCCCCUCCUCCCUCCUGUUUCCAUUUCCCCCUCUCCUUCCUUCUUUCUCUCAUUAGCUACCUGGACAGUUUAGACCGUAUUGGUGCUGGUGACUACCAGCCCACUGAGCAGGACAUCCUGAGAACCCGAGUCAAGACCACUGGAAUCGUGGAGACCCAUUUCACCUUCAAAAACCUGCACUUUAGGUUAGACCCACCACACACAUAGAUUUACACAUACAGUACACAACCAGUCCAGUAUAUUUGUUUGUAGCAUAUUUGUAGUGUAUGAAUAAAUGACUGAAUGAAUGAAUGAAUGAAUGAAUGAAUGCAAUUUUAUUUUCGUAUCAAAUCGACAAUUGGCAACCCAUCCCUUAUGGGAUUAAUUGACACAUAAACAAACAUUACAAUAAUUCACUGUGGUAAUUAAAUGAUAAUUCUUCUUCCGGUGUUCUCUGCAUUGUGCAUCGCAUAAAGAGUGAAAAAAUGUAAGGUAAAAUUCAAUACAUAAUAGUAAAUAAGGUUAUCCAAACAAUAAUUAUAUCCCUAGAGCAGUAAAAUAAUAUACAUACAUACAUACAUACAUACAUACAUACACACUGUAUAUAUACACAUACAUACAGAACAUAUACAGAUAAAUAAAUACAGAAAACAAACGAAACAGAAGGCAUUUGAACCCAGUCUGGCACCAAGAGAAGAUUCAUGUGGGAGACAAGUCUAUACACAAUGUAUAUACACACACGUGCCAUUUACCACAUAGAAGCUAAAUAUUUGUACAAUUUAAUUAUAGGUAGCCCUUUUUCUUUUAUUCCAAGCUUUAUCUAAAUAUUCCGCAAACGGAAAUACACAAUGGACAAAAAACCAUUUUAGUUUCUCCUCAUCGCUCAGCCACAUAAUGCCAGGGUAUAUCUGGUGUGCUUUCUGGAAUAAGAGCAAGCCUAUAUCGUGGUAGAAAGGGCAAUAGAGGAUACAAUUAGUUUAAUUCUCUAUUUCUUCGAGGUCACAAUAGUUACAUAGUCUUUCCUCUUCCAUUUCACCACAAUACCGACCUAUUUCAAUACGCAGAGGCAAUAUCCCUGAUCUUACCUGUGCACAUAGCGAUCUCUUGCUUUUAGGUAAGUUAUACAUAAUAUAUCUCUCACACACGAAUUCACCCUUAAUCAAACAAAAGGUUCUCAAUUUAGGUUCAUGAUUAAUCUCCUCCACCCAUUUUUUUUCAUAUUGCAUCAACAGUUGUAUUUUAAUCAUAUCUACAGUUGAAGUCGGAAGUUUACACAUACACCUUAGCCAAAUACAUUUAAACUCAGUUUUUCACAAUUCCUGACAUUUAAUCCUUGUAAAAAUUCCCCGUCUUAGGUCAGUUAGGAUCACCACUUUAUUUUAAGAAUGUGAAAUGUCAGAAUAAUUGUAGAGAGAAUGAUUUAUUUCAGCUUUUAUUUCUUUCAUCACAUUCCCAGUGGGUCAGAAGUUUACAUACACUCAAUUAUUAUUUGGUAGCAUUGCCUUUAAAUUGUUUAACUUGGGUCAAACGUUAUGGGUAGCCUUCCACAAGCUUCUCACAAUAAGUUGGGUGAAUUUUGGCCCAUUCCUCCUGACAGAGCUGGUGUAACUGAGUCAGGUUUGUAGGCCUCCUUGCUCGCACACACUUUUUCAGUUCUGCCCACACAUUUUCUAUAGGAUUGAGGUCAGGGCCUUGUGAUGGCCACUCCAAUACCUUGACUUUGUUGUCCUUAAGCCAUUUUGCCACAACUUUGCAAGUAUGCUUGGGGUCAUUGUCCAUUUGGAAGACCCAUUUGCAACCAAGCUUUAACUUCCUAACUGAUGUCUUCAGAUGUUGCUUCAAUAUAUCCACAUAAUUUUCCUUCCUCAUGAUGCCAUCUAUUUUGUGAAGUGCACCAGUCCCUCCUGCAGCAAAGCACCCCCACAGCAUGAUGCUGCCACCCCCGUGCUUCACGGUUGGGACGGUGUUCUUCGGCUUGCAAGCUCCCCCUUUUCCUCCAAACAUAACAUUGGUCAUUAUGGGCAAACGGUUCUAUUUUUGUUUCAUCAGACCAGAGGACAUUUCUCCAAAAACUACGAUCUUUGUCCCCAUGUGCAGUUGCAAACCGUAGUCUUGCUUUUUUAUACAGCAGUGGAUUCUUCCUUGCUGAGCGGCCUUUCAGGUUAUGUCGAUAUAGGACUCGUUUUACUGUGGAUAUAGAUACUUUUGUACCUGUUUCCUCCAGCAUCUUCAUAAGGUCAUUUGUGUUGUUCUGGGAUUGAUUUGCAGUUUUCGCACCAAAGUACGUUCAUCUCUAGGAGACAGAACGCAUCUCCUUCCUGAGCGGUAUGACGGCUGUGUGGUCCCAUGGUGUUUAUACUUGCGUACUAUUGUUUGUACAGAUUAACUUGGUACCUUCAGGCAUUUGGAAAUUGCUCCCAAGGAUGAACCAGACUUGUGGAGGUCUACAAUUUGUUUUCUGAGGUCUUGGCUGAUUUCUUUUGAUUUUCCCAUGAUGUCAAGCAAAGAGGCACUGAGUUUGAAGGUAGGCCUUGAAAUACAUCCACAGGUACACCUCCAAUUGACUCAAAUGAUGUCAAUUAGCCUAUCAGAAGCUUCUAAAGCCAUGACAUCAUUUUCUGUAAUUUUCCAAGCUGUUUAAAGGCACAGUCAACUUCGUGUAUGUAAACUUCUGACCCACUGGAAUUGUGAUACAGUGAAUUAUAAGUGAAAUAAUCUGUCUGUAAACAAUUGUUGGAAAGAUUACUUGUGUCAUGCACAAAGCAGAUGUCCUAACCGACAUGCCAAAACCAUAGUUUGUUAACAAGAAAUUUGUGGAGUGGUUGAAAAACAAGUUUUAAUGACUCCAACCUAAGUGUAUGUCUCCCUUAAUUUGGUUUUCAUACAGAUGUUCACAGUCAGACUGUUGAAAAAGGUCAGACAUUUCAGUUGCCCAGGCUCCCCCUAUGGCAGUUGGCAUAUCCAACAGUCUAUUCCAUUCUCACCAUAAUGCUUUCCAUCUCAUCUCACAGGGUUCCCAGCCCAUGUCCCCAGUUAUUGCAAGUAUAGGUGGAAACCUGUGGACACCUAAAAAGUAACGUACUUUGUGUAACAUGUAUGUUAUGGCACGUUUAUAACUCUCAUGUUUCUUUCAGGCUGUUUGAUGUUGGAGGUCAGAGGUCAGAGAGAAAGAAGUGGAUCCACUGCUUUGAGGAUGUGACGGCCAUUAUCUUCUGUGUGGCGCUAAGUGGCUAUGAUCAGGUUUUGCAUGAGGAUGAAACAACUGUAAGUACUUCACACACACUUCAUACUACUCACAAACACGCCACACAUAUUCUCAAACAUACAUCUCAUCUGUCUUAUUUGGUAUUUUCUGCAGAAUCGCAUGCACGAGUCCCUCAUGCUCUUCGACUCUAUCUGUAACAACAAGUUCUUCAUCGACACCUCCAUCAUCCUCUUCCUCAACAAGAAGGAUCUGUUCGAGGAGAAGAUCAAGAAGUCACCACUAAGUAUCUGUUUCCCUGAAUAUACAGGUAAGACUUCCCUCCAGUCCGCAUACACACAAACUCAGACAGACACACAUGCAGAACAGAUGGUAGUAAGUCUCUCUCACUCUCUGGCGCUGUAUCUCUCUUCCUCCCCCACUCUUCUUUCUCCUCUCUCUCGCCCUCACCCACCUUUCCUCCCAAUCUCCCCAUAGGUGCUAACACUUAUGAUGAUGCUACCGCAUACAUUCAGGUGCAAUUUGAGAGUAAGAGCCGUUCGCCCAACAAGGAGAUCUACUGUCACCUGACCUGUGCCACUGACACAGGAAACAUCCAGGUAGUGUUUGACGCAGUCACUGACAUCAUCAUCGCCAACAACCUGAGGGGGUGUGGCUUAUACUGA